CGAGUCCCGGGCCUCCCACUUCCCCUGCCCCGCCGGUCCGCUUCCGGCCCUUCGGCGCGCACGCGCAGUCGCGGCGGUGUUUGACAGCUCAGGCCGAGGAGAAGGAGCAGGUGUCGCGAGAGUUGGCGCGCCGCCUGGUGCGGGCUGUCAUUAUGGCGAGCCUGGGAAGCGAGGCCGAGCGGGAUCCUCUCCUGGGCCCUGGCUUCCCCGGAAGCAGAGAAUGGGACAUGGUAGAAACCCAAGAGCAUUACAGGAGUAGAUGGAGAUCCAUUAGGAUUCUCUACCUCACUAUGUUCCUCAGCAGUGUGGGUUUUUCUAUUGUGAUAAUGUCAAUCUGGCCAUAUCUUCAAAAGAUUGAUCAGACAGCCGAUGCAAGUUUUUUGGGCUGGGUUAUUGCUUCAUUUAGUCUUGGCCAAAUGGUAGCUUCACCUCUAUUUGGUUUAUGGUCUAAUUAUAGGCCAAGAAAAGAACCUCUUAUCGUCUCCAUCUUUAUUUCGGUGGCAGCCAACUGCCUAUAUGCAUAUGUCCACGUGCCAGCUGCUCAUAACAAAUACUACAUGUUGAUUGCUCGUGGAUUGGUGGGAUUUGGAGCAGGAAAUGUGGCUGUUGUCCGAUCGUACAUUGCUGGUGCCACUUCCCUUCAGGAAAGAACAAGUGCCAUGGCCAACACGAGCACGUGCCAAGCCUUGGGCUUUAUUCUGGGUCCAGUUUUUCAGACUUGCUUGGCACUCAUUGGAGAAAACGGUGUAACGUGGGACGCCAUUAAGCUGCAGAUCAACAUGUACACAGCACCGGUUUUACUUGGCGCCUUCCUGGGAAUUCUAAACAUUAUUCUGAUUCUCUUUAUAUUAAGAGAACAUCGUGUGGAUGACUCAGGACGGCAAUGUAAGAGCGUGAAUUUUCGAGAAGAAAAUACAGAUGAAGUUCAGAUUUCCGGAGGACAUAUCGAUCAAGUUGCUGUUGUGGCUACCAAUAUUCUGUUUUUUGUGGUUUUGUUUAUCUUUGCCCUUUUUGAAACAAUCCUCACUCCGUUAACAAUGGACAUGUACGCUUGGACCCAGGAGCAGGCUGUGCUCUAUGACGGGGCAAUCCUCGCUGCUCUUGGAGUCGAAGCCGUGGCUGUUUUCAUGGGGGUUAAAUUACUUUCCCAAAAGAUUGAUGAGCGUGCUAUUCUUCUGGGAGGACUCGUGGUUGUAUGGGUUGGCUUCUUUAUCUUGUUACCCUGGGGAAAUCAGUUUCCCAAAGUACAGUGGGAAGACCUACACAACAGCUCAAUCCCUAAUACUACAUUUGGGGAAAUUAUCAUUGACCUUUGGAGUUCUCUGAGAGAAGAUCACAGUCAACAGCCAACUGGGUGCCCAAUUGAACAAGCUUGGUGCCUGUACACCCCGGUGAUCCAUCUGGCCCAGUUCCUGACAGCCACUGUCCUAGUUGGAGUAGGCUAUCCAGCCUGCAACGUCAUGUCCUACACACUAUAUUCAAAAGUUCUAGGACCCAAACCUCAGGGUAUGUACAUGGGCUGGUUAUCUGCUUCUGGAAGUGCAGCACGGAUUCUCGGGCCUGUGUUCAUCAGCCAUGUGUACACUUACAUGGGCCCACGAUGGGCAUUCAGCCUCGUGUGUGGAAUAGUGGUACUCACCAUCUCACUCAUGGGAACCGUUUACAGAAGACUCGUUGCCUUUUCUGUCAGAUAUGGGAGGAUCCAGGAAUAAGCUAGCAGUCUGGGCUGGAUGCUUGCUGCCAACCAUCUCUAACUCAGCCUUGGGUAGCAAACCAUGUGCUGAGUAACUUAGCUAUGAAGGGUAAGAUGUGCAAAAUCAUUCUGGGUCAUAAUCUCCUCAUCGGAGGUCAUGAACUCAACAGAGGAUGGAGGAAUAGGUGUGAAGCUGCACCAGUGUGAACUGGAGCUCUCUAAACAAUGGGACUAUGCAGUGGAACUGGAGGAAGGUUCUGGUUUAAUCAGCCAGAGCAGAAGGAAAGUUUAAAAAAAAAUUUUAAAACAAAAGUAAUUAUUAUUCAGCUUCCUAAUGAAAUAAAACUGAGCCUUAAAUUCUUUUAGCCUGCUCACCAGCAGACUAGGCUUUAGUUUCUUUUCUGCCCAGGGUGAACCCAUCCAUUAUCUCUCCCUCAGUGUAAUUUGCACACUGCACCUUUGUCAUUUUAAUUUAGGAUCUCAUUUCUAAAUUACCAGUGAGCAAGAAUAAUCUAAGGCUGAGGAGUAAGAGGACUAAGCGAAGGUGGCCCUGACUGCCACCUUCCAAGUGCUAGUAAAUUCGCAUCAGAAACCUAAGACAAAUGUUUUAAUAUGGUAUUAGCAGAAAAUGGAUUCUUAGAAUUAUCAUAUUUCCCAAGUCCUCUAAACUCUAGCGCAAACUUUGACCUUUUAUGCCCUUUCUCAGUAGUGAGGAGCAGCUGUUUGCGGCUGUCUGCAGCAGGACUACAGCUGCACUUUGAAUGCUGUGACACUCCCUCUGCUCAGGCCGAUUUGAGGGAGAAUGGCCAAAGGUGACUGAUCACACUGCAUAGUUUCUACCUCUGUGUGAAUACAACACUGAUGUGUGUACGGGAGUAACUGCAGACCAUGCAGAGUGUUUUCCCAUCCUGUGGCCAUGGUUUCAAAUCUGAGUGUGAAUGUCUGUAGUCUGCUGAAGCACUAAAUGACAGCAGCAUUUUGCUUCCAUCAGUUUCUGUUGUCAGGCCCUGGACUUUAGUCUUUUGGGUCACUUCUGAUCUUAAACUCCACCUUUGUGUGUUAUGCGGAGACAAAAGCAGUAACUGUAAGAUCCUGCCUGCUUCCCCGAUACAUUCAAAUGGAUCGACAUAGUUCUUAUCUAAGUGUCUUCAGAGGCUACUACCUCUUGACUGCUGCACUUUUCAGAACAGGAAAAGUGCCCAUAAGUUACACUACCAGUUACUUAAUUGUGCUGAAUUACUCGCACUAUUGACCAGAUUUGUAAAAAUAUUUGGGGAAAUAAAUUUAACAGAAUGAAUGAAGAAGCUUUUAUAUCAGCAUACCAUGUUCUUAGCAAGAACAUAACAGAAGUUUCCCAGCCCUAGAAUUAUAAUACUGUAAUUCAGGUAAUUAUAACCUUGCAAAAGCUACUGCACUUUCUUUUUUACUGAGGCUUGUUUCUUGGGAGAUUAGACUAAUACACCUCACCAACAAAGAAGCGAGGGAAGUGACAGGUUUAGGAAAAGGGCUAGGAGGGAAAAAUCAGCACAAAAAGACUAAGGUAUGAAAACGUUACUAGUGUAUAGUAAAGAAGGUAUUGAAAACCUAGCAAAGGACUGUUUCCUUAUUUUGAAUGGACUGUCACUUCAUGAGGCAUCUCUAGCCAUUAUGCUUCUCUAUCAAAUAAGCUCUUCAAGCUCAUUUCUUGUAUUAAAAUAAACUUGUAAUUUUUAAUUUAAUGAUGAUAAACUAUUUGUAUCUGUUUAAUACUAACAAGAAAAUGCUGACUACCAUUUACUAUUGAAGAUUUAUUUAUAACUGUCUUACAUUGUGAGUGUUCAUUUCAAAUAAAGCAAGACUGUAAAGAUAA